AUGGGGGUCAGUCGUCCGAUCCACAAAGACAGUAAGGAGGGAAAUGAACAAGAUGGCAGUGUUGAUGAUUCGCAGAGUGCACUAAGCAGUGCUGUGCAGAAUGGAAAACUUGACCUGAUCCAAAAAUUGAUCGGUAGAGGAGCCGAUGUGAAUAACAGCGGAAAUGACGAUUUGACCCCAUUAAAUCUAGCUGCACAGAAAGGUCAUCAUGACGGUUGGACUGCAUUACAUCUGGUUUCACAGAUUGGUCAUUUUGAAGUCGUCAAAGAAUUGAUCAGUCAAGAUGCUGAGGUGAAUAAAGUUGAACACGAUGGUUGGACUGCGUUACAUCUAGCUUCACAGAAUGGUCAUCCUGAUGUCACCAGAUAUCUCAUCAGUCAAGGAGCUGAGGUGAAUAAAGUUCAAAAUGACGGUUGGACUGCAUUACAUCUUGCUUCACAGAAUGGCCAUCCCGAUGUCACCAAAUAUCUGAUCAGUCAAGGUGCUGAGGUGAAUAAAGUUGAAAAGGACGGUUGGAUCCCUUUACAUUUGGCAGCACAGAAUGGUCAUCCUGAUGUCACCAAAUAUCUCAUCGGUCAAGGAGCUGAAGUUAAUAAAGGUAACAUUGCUGGUCGGACUGCAUUACAUCAAGCUUCACAGAAUGGUCAUCUCGAUGUCGUCAGAGAAUUAAUCAGUCAAGGAGCUGGGGUGAAUAAAGGUGAUAAUAUUGGUAGGACCCCAUUACAUGUAGCUGCUCAGAAUGGUCAUCCUGAUGUCACCAAAUAUCUCAUCGGUCAAGGAGCUGAAGUCAAUAAAGGCAAAAUUGAUGGUCGGACUGCAUUACAUUUAGCUGCUUUAAACGGACAUCUUGAUAUCGUCAAAGAAUUAAUCAGUCAAGAUGCUGAGGUGAAUAAAGUUCAAAAUGACGGUUGUACUGCAUUACAUCUAGCUUCACAGAAUGGUCAUCCUGACGUCACCAAAUAUCUCAGCAGUCAAGGUGCUGAGGUGAAUAAAGUCGAAAAUGACGGUUGGACUGCAUUACAUCUGGCUUCAGAGAUUGGUCAUUUUGAAGUCGUCAAAGAAUUGAUCAGUCAAGAUGCUGAGGUGAAUAAAGUUCAAAAUGACGGUUGGACUGCAUUACAUCUAGCUGCACAGAAUGAUCAUCUUGCCGUCACCAAAUAUCUCAUUAGACAAGGAGCUGAGAUUAAUAAAGGUGAUAAUAUUGGUAAGACCCCAUUACAUCUAGCUGCUCAGAAUGGUCAUCCUGAUGUCACCAAAUAUCUCAUCGGUCAAGGAGCUGAAGUCAAUAAAGGCAAAAUUGAUGGUCGGACUGCAUUACAUUUAGCUGCUUUAAACGGACAUCUUGAUAUCGUCAAAGAAUUAAUCAGUCAAAAUGCUGAGGUGAAUAAAGUUAAAGGACGGUUGGAUCCUUUACAUUUGGCAGCACACAAUGGUCAUCCUGACGUCACCAAAUAUCUCAUUAGUCAAGGAGCCGAGGUGAAUAACAGCGGAAAGGAAGGUUUAACUCCUUUACAUAUAGCUGCAAAGAAUGGUCAUCUUGAUGUCACCAGGUACCUGAUCAGGCUAGGAGCUGAUGUUGAUAAGGUUAGUGACAACGGAUGGUCAGCCUUAUACCUUGCCGCAGCUGCUGGUUACGUACGUGUUUCAAGUGCUUUGCUUAGUCAGCAAGCUGAGCUGGCAAAAGCAAAUAUAAUUUAUUGGACGGAGAUUCAUUCCGCUGCAGAGAGAGGCGAUCUUGAUGCCAUGAAAGAUCAAGUCAGUCAAGGAGCCGAGCUGGAUGAAGCUGGUUCUUUUGGUUGGACAGCCUUACAUAUUGCAGCAAGUAAUGGCCAUCUUGAUAUGACAAAAUAUUUGCUAAGUCAAGGAGCUGAUGUGAAUUCUAGCAAUGCCUUUGGUAGGUGUGCCUUGCAUAAUGCUGCAACAAAAGGGAAGUUGGAUGUCAUGGAAUAUCUGAUCAGUGAAGGGGCCGAUAUGAAUAAAGGAAAUGACUUUGGAGUGACUGCCCUACAUUUUGCAUCAGAGUCUGGCCAUUUAGAUAUCGUCGAAUUCCUAAUCGGUCAUGGAGUUGAGGCAGAAAAUUGCGACGCAGAUGGAAUUACUGCUCUCCAUUAUGCUUUAUUUGCCGGUGAGAUCGACAUUACGAAGUAUCUGCUCAGUCAAGGCUCUGAACUGAAUAAGAGAAGUGUUCGUGACUCUGUCAUCGUACAAUUUGAUGGACAGUAUGGUCACUAUGAUGUUGGGCGAUUUGUGAAGAGUAGCCUACGUCAUGCAGUUAGCAGACUCGUUGAUUCUCUCACUGUCUUUAGAGGUGCCCUAGAAAGUGAUCUUGGUAGAAGCAAAUAUCAAGAUGGCGAAGAGGAUAAGACAGUUCAAGGUGGAAUGGUUUUUGUGUAUAUGCCACUAAGAUCGUCUGAUCUUGACAUUCAAAAUCUUCUUGAAAGUCAAGGAGGCAGAACAGUUGGUCGUACAUCAUUACAAUAUGCUAUAGAAGGUGGCUUUCUUGCAGGUGUUCGGUAUCUGAUCAGUCAUGGAGCUGAUGUGAACGAAAGCAACAAUGUUGGCUGGACUGCUCUUCACUUUGCUGCGCAAAAGGGUCAUCUUGAUAUUGUAGAUUAUCUACUUGGACAAGGAGCUGAAGUAGCUAAAGGGGAUGUUGAUGGUAUCUCCCCUUUGCAUGUUGCUGCAUUUAUUGGCCACUGUGACGUUACCGAGCAUUUGCUUAGGCGAGGAGCAGAGGUCAACGGAGCCACCAAGGAGAAAGGUUAUACAGCCCUUCAUGUCGGAGUGCAGAAUGGUCAUCUCGAUAUCACGAAAGGCUUGCUCAACCACGGAGCCGAAAUUGAUGCGACAGACAAUGGCGGUUGGACUCCCUUGCACAUUGCUGCUCAGAAUGGUCACAUCGAUGUCAUGAAGUGUCUACUUCAGCAACUUGCAGAUGUAAGCAAGGUUACCAAGAAGGGAUCAUCUGCAUUGCAUUUGUCUGCUGCAAAUGGACAUACCGAUGUCACAAGAUAUCUAUCGGAGCACGGAGCUGACGUAAAUCUGUGUAAACCUGGGAAGACUGCGUUGCAACUCGCUGCGAAACAAGACCAAGUGCAUGGGACAAGUCCAGAUACGCGGUGUGCUGAAGGACAGAAACAUCCUUCUUCCCCGAAAGGACAUGCAUACACUCAGGGUUUAACAGAAGAUGAGAAGAAGGUUAUUGGGCAACUUGGUGAGAAAGGCUACACAGCAGUGUAUUUAGCAACGCAAAAUGGCUACACCUCCAUCAUCGAGACAUUAGUUUCUCAUGGCGCCGAUCUCAACAUCCAGUCCAUCGACGGACAGACCUGUCUUCACGAAGCCAUCAGACUUUCUGGUCGGGAGGACAGCAAAGUUGAAGCAACACCAGCACUCCAAAGGAUCUCAGAAGACUUCUAUCAGAACGAAUUGUCUCCCAUGAAGGCCCUGGUGUUCUAUCUCUUGGACCACGGAGCAAAACCGGACAUCAAGGAUAACCAUGGCAACCUACCAGUUCACUAUGCCAAGGAUGAAAUCAUCCGCCAGAUGAUAUUCUCAAGACCUAGUGAAGAACCCAGGAAGCAGGAAUUUGACGACCUUCCCAACUAAGACAAUACCUAAGCGGAUUCAUAAGUAUGAUGACAUCGACAGUCUAGGCGGAGAAUUGGGCUUUCAACCUCCGGAAAUCCAACGUUACAUACAAAUAAACGACAAAUACCACGAUGUUACAUGCAGGGGAACACUUGUUAUGCUCCGAGAUUGGAGGAACAGGACUAAAAGGUCCGAAGAACGGGAACAAUUGAAGAAAGCCCUGAUUGCGAUUAGACACCAACGUCUGGUAGACGACCUCCUGAACGACGAUAUGGCAAAGUUAGUAUGAACUAGGAAAAUAGACAAAUAAAUAGUUAAAAUGUGGAUAUAUGUAAGCUUUAAAGGCAGGCUUUACUACUUCAGCUAGAAGGGA